AUGCUCGGCCCAAUGUCUGCGGCCGCUCUCUCCGAGAUUUCAGGAUCCGGCAGCUCGUGGAUGCUGGGCGGCGCCUCGGACGAGAAUAUUGCCGACGCGAGCGUCACGCACAGUGACCUAGCUGCAGCACCUGAUGCAGCGAGGGGCGUAGCUGAGCGGAUGAGCGAGGCGCUGGACGGCGCAACGCUCCCCGCGAGCGAGAGCGACACGGUAGGCCGCGUGGUCGUGGUCACUGGGGCAGGGUCAGCGGGCCAGCCCGACAAGGAGGGCUUGCUAGCGGCGCUGGGACUCAAGCGGGCGGUCGACGACAAGGUGCUGCUAGACGAGGCAAGGCUGGUUGCAAAGGACUACUCGACCAUCAUGGCGAGCGAUCUUAGCGAUCACUUUGAGCUGAACUUUAGCGAUGCACUUGUGGUGGCGCCGGUGUUAUACGGUGGGCGGGCCAGCGACGGCAACGUCGUUGCCGUACUGAGCAUGCGCGUGUGGACGUAG